UAAAAAAUAGAAAAAUUCAAUCCAAGUUGAUACUUAGGCAGUUUGUAGGUGACGUGUAGGAGGAGGAGGAGGAGGAGGAGGAGGAGGAGAAUUUCCCCCUUCACCCCCUCUGGACUCUGGACGGGACCCUCAGAGCAGAGACUCCUCAGGCAGGAAAAAGGUGAAGACGAUGAAGAAGCUGAUGGUAUUUUCGCUCUGCCUGGUCCUGCUGACCAUCUACACAGAUGCCAACCCGAUCAUCAAGGAGAGCUUCGCUAAGCAGCUGCUCCGCAGCAAGAGGCAGGAACGUCCAGCGAAGGCCGGCCAUCCUGAUGAGCCAAUGAGAGAGCAUCUGCUCCACAUGCAGGUUCUGGAUCAAAGGGCCCAGGAGACCAGCCUGGAGCACUGGCUGAACCCCCACUGCUCCCCUCGCUGUGACAGGAACUACGGAUACCCCGUCUGAUGAAGAAAUGGACCACAUGGACUUGGCAACAAUGAAAACUCUGGAAAAAUAAAAAAAAUGGACUCUCUCUCUGUCUCUCCACAAAAUGACCAUGUGAAGACAUAUGAUAUAUAAAUGGUCAUGCAUAUAAUCUUACUGUAUUACAGUUG